CCCAGUGGUAAUUAUGUCAUAAGCCAUAUAUGACUCACUCAUCUUCUCAUCCAUUGCUUCUCACUCUUACUCAAUCAUCUGACAUCCCCGGCUUCUUAUUUCUCCUCCUGCUGUCCAUUCAGUAUCCUGAUCUCAGACCUCAAGUAAAUGUUCAACAUCACUGCAUCUUCCGAAGCUACCACAGAGUCUCCUGGUCCGUUUCGCAUCAUGAGUUCUGGUGUCCAGCAGUCGGAUGAAAAGUCAACCCGCUCUAUAGAUGGAAGUAUUAGUGACAGUUUUGUAAUGAAUGCUGAGUCGCAAGGGCCUCCACCGUUAAGGAAUUACAUUUUUCUGACUAUAUUCACCUGCUUUUGCCCUGCGUGGCCUAUCAACAUUGUGGCAUUGGUUUUUUCGUUGAUGUCUCAAAGCAGUUAUGAUACCGAAGACUAUGAAGGAGCUCAGCGGCUGGGGAGGAAGGCUCUUCACAUGGGAAUUGCCUCUCUACUUAUUGGCCUGCUGAUCAUUAUGGUCUUCAUCAUUGUACACUUUACAACGCACACAAUUUGAUGGUGAAAAUAGAAAACAAUCUGAUGUUGAUCUGUUCCAGUGCAAACAGGAGGACACUGUGAGCUCACACCAGAAUGUGGUUUCGUAGUGGCGGCACCACUUGCUUGAACCAUCCUGGAUUCAUAAGUAAUCAAUAUUAUGAAAUGGAAUGUAUUAAAAGGUCUGAUUUGCUAAAAGCAUGGCCAAAAGGACUACAAAAAACAUACUAUUCAUACCAGUUUGUAACAAUAUCUCAAAGAUUUUCAAGUGAUGCCAUGUCUUUCUGCAGGCAACACAUUUGCAUCUACGUUGUGUACAAUGACACCUCAAAUCUUGUUCACGUGUAUAGUUUCAGAGGUGUGAAUUGUGUUCGCCUUUAAUAAAUAUUGAAAUGAUGCUUUCAUACAAACAUCUAAUGGAUGCUUUUACAGAAAAGAAAAUUUAAACACCCUGUGGAAUGAUGUAUGGGUGAUUGUAUAAAUAACUAUAGACGAUUUCAUAGGACGCAUGCAUGUUGUCAUGGUUACGCGCCUGGUCCGAAGUUAACUUCCGGUCUGUGUUUGUUUAUCAGUGUCGCUAGUGGCUAAACUGACCUCUAGAAAAAAUACCUUGUCAAAAAUAAAAAGAAAUCGGUUUCCUAAAGACGAGGAGAGACGGCCAGCAUGGAUCCCCGCAGUCAAGAAUUCAAGGAUUCGUAACUAACAUUGUAUACAUGAAUUUUACACAGUAACGUUAGCUCAGUAAUUUACUUAUUUAUUUUGCUUGUUAUCAGAAAUAAUCUGCUCUGGAAGGACUCUGAAAGGUUAUUGUUUUUAUGCAAAAGUCUCCAGAAGUAAAGUUUGGGCCACAAAAGCCAUUUGUUUAUGUUGUCGCUGAAACCGUCUAUAGUGCGAUAGAGUUUUUUACCGAAAAAAAUACAUGUUAAAUGUAUGAAAUGACUCAAUAAA